UGUGUUCACUUCACCCCCACAUUGGUGGCUGCAAGAGGCCAGUGGGUACCAUCCUCACUUUUGUUUGCAUUUUGCCUUUUAAAUUUAAUCUUGUUGCCCCCAUUUGGCCAUUCAUUUCCCCACUCUGUUUACUCCGUGUCCGCAGAAGAUGGAAAGUGGAUUACCUUUGCUUAAUUAUCUCUUGCAGCAGACUCUCAGAACCAUUUGCACUUCUCCCAAUUCUUCCACUCCUUCUAAGUGGGUAUAUGCUGUCUUCUGGAGGAUAUUACCUCGCAACUUUCCUCCACCAAGGUGGGAAUUUGGAGGAACUGCUCUUGAUCUCUCCAAAGGAAAUAAAAGGAACUGGAUCCUUGUCUGGGAAGAUGGGUUCUGCGAUUUUAACGAAUGCGAGCAAAGGAAGAGUGGUAGUGGUUACUUGAACGGUAGAUUUGGAGCUGACGUAUUCUUCAAAAUGUCGCAUGAGGUUUACAAUUAUGGAGAGGGACUCGUGGGAAAAGUUGCCGCAGAUAAUAGUCACAAAUGGGUUUACAAUGAGAGUCACAAUGAGUGUGAAUCUAGCUAUAUUGCUUCAUGGAAUGCUUCAGUCGAACCUCAACCAAAGGCGUGGGAGUUUCAGUUCAAUUCAGGCAUUCAGAGUAUAGUCAUAAUCGCCGUCAGAGAAGGCGUAGUGCAAUUGGGUUCUUUUAACAAGAUAUCAGAGGACCUGAAUCUGGUGAUCAGCAUACAGAGGCAAUUCAGCUACCUUCAGAGCAUACCUGGUGUGUUUGGUAUUCAAAGACCAUACCUACCUCUUCAACAUCCAUACAUUGUGAAGCCAAGUUUCAUAGAAAACAAUGCAAUGACUCUAUAUGAUAUGGGGUGGAACACCAACCCUCAGAAUGGAGCACCAGGCCCAUCUCUUUGUUCAGGUUCUCCUUCUCUACCACUACCAACCAUGCCCUGUAGUUUUGGAGCUUUGCUAUCAAAGUUACCAUCUGGAAUCCCACCCUAUAAUUCCACUCAAGUCCUUGAUGCAGGGACACAAAGCACCAUUGAGAGAGUGAAGAUAGAGGAUUGUGAAUUUCAUCCUACCCUUGAUGACGAUCACAAAGGAAGAAAGGUCGGUUCCCUGAACAAGUAGCAUGGAUUUGGAAUUGGAAGAUUAAUUAAUUAAGAGACAGGAACCACUUUGACCAUAAUGACUCCUAAAUCAUAGUCAGUAUGUUAAGAAAUGGUUAGUUAUUUAUUUUCUUUCACUUGGCCACAAUGUGUAUUGUGGUAUGUUUAUUGGUGGCCGACAACCUAUCAAUCAUAGCGAUCACUGUUACUGUUUCUUUCUGCGCGCAUUUAUGUAAUGAUCAAUGCAAUGCAGACAUUAUUAUCUAGAUUAGAACAAAACUACAUUCAGCUUUGCUUC